AUGAGUGAGCUUAUUGUCCUAUUUACUACCCAGAUAUACUAUCUAGAGGAUUGGCGCAAGUUCGAUUUUCUGCCCGAGGGCAGUGAUCCAUCUACCUUUGAAAUGCUCCAAAAAAUCCAAGCUCUUCAGAAACGUCUUAUUGCCAAGACUGAAGAGGUAGUCGAGAAGGAGAUUCAGAUCCAAGAGAAGGAGAAACUUUAUGUUGAACUGAAGCGCAUAUUAGCCCGCCAGCCCGGUCCAGAAGUGGCGGAACAAUUGAGCAUAUAUCAGGACAGUCUCAGAGGAAAAACAAAAACAUUGAAGGUGAGAUGGUCUCUCAGUGGUGACAUGCUACUAGGUUUAGUUUAUAUAUUUAUUUAUGCAAUUCCCUCCAGUUAUGUUUGUCGUCGGCAAGAAUGA